AUGACUCAUUUUCACUCUGACGCUUUGGAGAACGGACGACCCAUUCCUCCCAAAACACAGCCAAUUCUGUGCCUUUCCAUUUCUGAGAGCUUUCACCUCUUGUCUCCGAUACUAAUGGAAGGCUCCUCCAAUGAACGUCUUGAUUUUGGGAAGAUGGGUUAUGGAUGCAAGCAUUAUAGAAGAAGAUGCAAGAUUAGAGCUCCUUGCUGUAACGAGAUGUAUGAUUGUCGUCAUUGUCAUAAUGAGGCCACGAGCUUGUUGAGCAACCAUGGUGAUCGGCACGAACUUGUUCGGUUUGAUGUUAAGCAAGUUAUUUGUGCAGUGUGCGACACAGAGCAGCCGGUUGCUCGUGUCUGUACUAACUGCGGUGUCAGUAUGGGAGCAUAUUUCUGUGAAUUGUGCAAAUUCUACGAUGAUGAUAUCGACAAAGGGCAGUUCCAUUGUGACGACUGUGGGAUUUGCCGGGUUGGUGGUCGUGAGAACUUCUUCCACUGCAAAAAAUGUGGCUCUUGCUAUUCUGUAAGUUUGCGCAAUAAUCAUUUUUGUGUGGAAAACUCUAUGCGGCAUCACUGUCCCAUAUGUUAUGAGUAUCUUUUUGACUCGAUGAAAGACACUACUGUUAUGAAAUGUGGGCACACGAUGCAUUGUGAAUGUUACAAUGAGAUGAUGAAGCAUGACAAAUACUGCUGUCCUAUAUGCUCGAGGUCAGUAAUCGACAUGUCUGGAACAUGGAAGAGAAUAGAUGAGGAGAUUGAGGCAACCAUCAUGCCUGAGGAUUAUAGAUAUAAGAAGGUUUGGAUCCUAUGUAAUGACUGUAGUGACACCACUGAAGUUUAUUUCCACAUAAUCGGCCAGAAAUGCAGCCAUUGCAAAUCAUACAAUACCCGCUCAAUAGCCCCUCCUGUUCUUCCACAAUGACCAGGCUACAAUUCUAUGGAGAUACAUACUUGGGUAGGUUCAUAGAAAGGGAGUUUCCUGACCAUAAAACACAGGAGAGAACUUUCUUGUUGCAUCUUCUCAAUGGUAUCCUCUUUUAAUGAUGAUUUGCUCCCAUUACAUUAUAAUUCAAACAACUAAACACUUAUGUGUGCCUCAGAAACCUUUUUCUGGUUAUUCUUCCACCAAAUGCAUGGAUUAAAAACCUUUGGCAAAUGACUCUUCAUCAAUGUGUACACUGUAUAUUCCUUGUAAUGGUAUUGUAACUUCAGUUUGAGUGCGGACCUUGAUGCAGUUAUUAUGAUAUGGGCG